CUCUCAGUAGUUUUCAAAUGUAUGCAGUUCUGUCAACAUGAAAUUUCGUAAUUACCUUCCUCACGACAAAGAACUUCAGGAGGGUAAACUUGCUCCACCGUCGCUACCCAAAUUUGAAGACCCUGUUGUCGAAUUGCCUGUAGUUGUGGAGAAGAAGGAGGAUCCUUUUGUGAAUAUUGCUCCAAAAAAACCAAACUGGGACCUUCGAAGAGAUGCACAGAAAAAGAUUGAUAAGAUUGAAAAACGAACGCAAAAAGCUAUACUCCAACUUAUAGUACAACAAGAGAAGGAGAAGCUACUGGCUAUAGAAGAUGGGGAAAAUGAUAAUUAGGUAUUUCUAGUUUCAUGGAAAAAAAAACUGCAGGAAUCGCCGAAAAUGUGCGUUAGAAUUGGUGUGUUUUGUUUUUGCGAAAUCUGUGAGGCAAAAUGUAGUUGUGUUGAAUGUUUUAUUUUUGCAAU